AUGGUCUUAUUUAGGUUCCUCGUCUUGCUUCUCUCGGUGAUAGCUUGUGCUGCCACAGCAUCACAAUCACAGGAAGGAAUCGCAGUGGAACAAGGACUUCCCGAUGGCAUCUACCAAGCCGUUGCCGUACAAGGCCCUACCCUCGAAGCCCCGACAACUAUCCCACCAGCUGUCCCAUCCGGUCACUUGUCUCCUCGGAGAUGGAAAAGUCCGCCCGGCCAGGGCGACUUCUACGAGAAACCCGGCCCGCAUACGGUGGACGAUUAUUCGGUGCCCAUACACGCCAACAGACAUUCGUGCCACAAGGAUCGUGACAUACUGCUCAACAGCACUGAAUACCGCAGCGCCGUCGACAACCUCUGGGACUAUUGCCAGAAUUUCAAAGUCCCAUUUCACGGCGCUCACUUCUCCAUCGUCGGCGAUGUUAUGGUGUACGUUUGCACGUACAGCGUCCAGAGGCCCUGCCACCGACACGAGUGGAACGAGGCAGAGGAAAUCAUGGAUAAAAAGUGCGGACAAGGAAAAGGCUCGCACGUACAGAUGAGCAAGAGAAUGAUGGAGUAUGGAAGGGCCUACGCUGGAAAGCGGGUUUGCGCUUCGUCUAACUUGGCAUCGCAUAUUGCCUGGAAGGCACAGCCGCUUCCUGUAUUGGCGAAUGGCCAGAUGCUCGGCCACUGGAAGGCUGGCCCGCCUAGAAACAAGACUGGCGACUCUCAAUAUAAGGCGGAAGAUGAUGGGGGGCAGGAUAAUAAGACAGAUAAUAGGAAGAGGGAUAUGGCGGAAGGUGAUGGGAAGAACAAGAAGAAGACGGGCUAG